AUGGUGGCUCUGAAAGUAGCCGUGAUGCUUGUCGAAUCGCAGAAGAAGACGGCAUGGCUCACUUGGAGCGACACGGGAGAGCAUAGUGUCGAGGAGGAGAGUGGAAUCUUUGGCCUCGGUGUAUUUUACUGGCUCCACAGACUGUUCAUAAAUGGCCAUCGAACUAGUCUGUCCACCGAAACAGUUUUCCCGCUGGACCAGACCAUCUCAGCACCCGUUCUCGCACCUGAGCUCGCCAGGAGACUUCGGAUGUCGUCGUGGAGGGGGCGCGGAUGGGGACUGACCAAGGUGCUGUUUUCCACGCUGGCUCCGCCGCUGCGUUCAGAAAAGAGCCACGGCCGCAGCCUCAUCGGUGCUACAAUUUUGUCGUACGGUCUCCUUGCUUUGUCGACGGUUCUGUAUGGAUACUUCCAGGAGCGUUUUGUCAUCAUGGUGCGCGGAUGCCUCAUCGCCGCCAUGUAUGAUCAGACAGUCCAGCUCGAGCUCGCCUCGUCAACAGAUCCUGGACUUCUCACUUUAAUGAGCACCGAUGUCAGCCGCUUGAUGGCGGGCUUGUUAGACAUCCACGAGUAUCGGGGCAGUUCCAUCCAGGUCGGCCUAUCGUCUCGGCGGCUACAGAAGAAGCUGGGGGAAGCCUUCGUCGCACCCCUCGUCGUGGCUGUGCUGACUUUCCUGGCCAUGUUCUUCUUGAGCAGGGUGAUCGAUCGUCGCCAGAGGGCUUGGAUGGAAGCCAUAGGUAUCCGCAUGCCCCCCAUCAAGAAGAGGAUUCAGCAGCUGCGCGUUGCAGAGGUCGGAGUCGGUGAGCGUCGGCGCAUGCUGGCCGUCGCGGGAGCUGCUAUCUCGCAGGUUCCGUUGCUCAUAUCCCCUGUCUUGGCAUCCGCCACCACCAUCAAGGUGCCCCAGCUUCUCAGCGCAUUCACUUCCCUUCGGCGCGUCCAGGAAUUCCUGGAGCGCGGCGCCAGGAACGACUAUCGCAUCUCGCAUAGCGACAGCAGGUUUGCAGGCAUGGGAAUCGAGACGCACAACGAUGUCGACACGAACGUCUUUGGCGGAAGCAGAACCAGAGACUCCGACGUCGGCAUUUCCAUCCCGGCCUCCUGCGUUGCAGCUGCCAUUGGACCUGUUGGAAGUGGGAAGACGACCGUUUGCGGAUACAUCCUCGGCGAGUUACCCUCUGCCCGUGGAUUUGCCAAUCUCUCGACAAACUCGUUUCCUCUGUAG